UCUUUUUACCUUUUUAAAUCGGCGUAGCCCGAAAUCACAUUGAUUUCAUUCAUUGAGAGAAAUCCGAAUGAACGUCGGAAAUGUCUCCGACGACAAGCGGUUCUCGUUCGGCGGAACCGCCCGCGCAGUACUUCGGGCGCGUCGAAGGGGGCCGAGGUUGGCCGAAGCCGGGCGAACACGGACGAAUAGUCGGCUCGAAUCGCGCUGCCGCGAUGCAUCGGUUCGAACGCGCGCACGGGCUGGCUGUCUCGCUUGUCUCCCUAGUGCGUCGUUCGAGGUUUGUCCCUUCUCGUUUCUCUAUUAUUGUAAAUCGUGACGGCGCGGCGAAAAUACGCGCGCUACUGCGACAUACUAUCGAUAUCGGCGUAAUUUCAUUGUAGUUUUCGACUGACGUUACGACGUUACAAAGAAUGUUCGAACAUUUUCUGUAAGUGAGUGACUCGAUGAACUCGUUGCCCGCGUGACACUUGAAUGUGAUCGUCGACGCGCGUGCGUUAUCCAUUGCCGACACGCGGUUCGAUUAUCGCUUGUGACAGGUUUUCAUUAUGCUUGCUCGACGCUCGGAAUUGUGUGCAACAUUUUGACACAAACGUUGUUUGUCUAUGUAGUUCGCGUGAUCGUCUUGGAGGGCGCGACAGAAGAGAAAAAACGCACGAAAUACGGAAGGUGUGAUGUAUGUGCCAAUUGACAACUAACCUUUACGCGAGUGCACGCGUGUGCCGCGUGGCUAUCCACGAUCUGAAGUUUUCGCGGUUAUACGGAGCACGCGGUUAUUUGUGGCACGAGGAACUUCCUAGAGGAGAAGCUACAAAAGAUUGAUCAGUUGACAAAGUGGAAAACGCUUCUCCGACCAGGCCCGUUAUGGAUUCCUAUCCGAUGGGGGCACUAUGCAGACCGAGGAAAUCGUGUCUCGCGCACAAUCUACUGGUAUAGACGGUGGCCCCACAGACAGCGCCUCUUUGCAGCAUCAUCUGCAUCACACGUCGCACAUAAAGUGUCCGUUGCCACCUCUGCUCCACAUGGCGGUGAAGCAGGAGCCACAGGAGGAGGAGGAACGAAGUCGUGACACGAAUGCGUUGAGUCCGCAAGUAGAUGCAGACACCUCGCCGACGUCCCUCGAUGGGAAACUCGGGCAUGGACACGAAACGGGCCAUCAUCAUCAGAUCCAGGAGCUCGAGGAAACUCCCGGGCAGACCGUUGCCGAUCUGAAUAAUCGAGGAAGGCCGAGCCGUGGGCGCAGGAAGUCGCGAUGGAAGCUCAAGUUCCACCACCAAGCGUUGCCACCGGAGUAUCUGGACCACUACGAGGCAUCCCUCGCCCAGGAGGCCCUCAACUCGUCGCCGACCCGAUUGACGGAGCCGACGAUAGCAAGCCCCGCGCCAACCAGCUCCACCUCGACGCCAAGCCCCAUAGCCGACGUGCACGGCUGGUUGCAGCGGAUCGCGGCUAUGCAGCAGGAGCUCUGCCCUCAGAUCUCGUCCGGCCAGUGCUCGACGAUGGCCAACAACGCGCCGAAUCAAGCGUCGUCGGUCUCGAGAAGGUCCGUGAUCACGUCCACCUCCUCUCACACGCUCAACACCACCACCACCACCAUCCACCAUAAUCACAAUCAACAGCAAUCCCCUCCCCAACCGUGCCAGGCGAGGCCGCCCAUGAAAUACUCGGAUCUGCCUUACAUGGGCGAGAUCACGUUGGACAACAGCAAGCCGAGGCGAGGAAGGAAGCCGAAGAAGGCUGAUAUCUGCCACUUGAUAUACAAGAAUUACGGAACCAUACUGCCCGGAACUCCCGGCCACGAGGAGAGAAGGCUCUCCCCGAGGGGGGAGAAGCUUGGCGACUGCCGCGAGAGGAUCUCCCCGCACGCGAUUCCGUUCCAAAGGUCGGACGUGCAGAACAGGAUCAGCAGCUUGCUGGAGAAACGAUUGACGCAGGAGUCGCGGCGCGCGUUCGACGUUGGCUCGGAGAAUUCGGCGAGGGAGCAGGACGAGCCUUUGAACCUGUGCAUCAGGGAUCUGAAUCAAUUGAAGAUCAGGUUGUUGAGGAAGCACGGGAACGUGUACGAGUCCGGGCAGGUUAAGAGCGAGACCUCGAGCGACGGGGAGGAGGUCGAGUGCAUAGGAUCCACUUUCCCCCCCUCCGAGUCGGGGUAUCGUCCAUUACUGGAUCCGCUCGUCGUUCGCAACAGCGCCACCAACAACGUGAACCACAACAACAAUAAUAACAUAAUCGAUCCUAUGCUCGCCACCAAUCCGGGAUUCGUGUACUGGCCAAACGCGGGCGUGUUUAUCCACCCGAUGGCGCUGCAGUCGCAGCUACUCUACUACCAAAAGAUGGCGCAGAGCGACAAGUGUUACCCGAGAGCUUUGGACCAAGGGCCGAAAGAGCAGAGGAUCGUACCUAAGUCGAUAUACUCGAUGAUGGAGGCGAAGAGUCCACCGCUGGUCCCAGCGCCGCCACCCGCCACCGUUCAACCGUUGACACCUGCUCAAACAGGUGUCCCGCCGGUCCAACCUCCUGUCUCGCCCAGGCCGAAGAGGAACGCGCCCCUCGCUCAGGCGCAGCCCACCAAGAGGAAACGGUCCGCCAUAUUCAUACCGCCUAUGCCCACGGAGAACAACAACAAUCCCGCGACAGAGGUGAGCAUAUGCAAAUUCAAGUUCACAGGUGGGGCGAAGCCUAGCCUACAAGAGAAGAAGAGCCUGUCCGUCGAUUCUGGGGGCAACUUCAGGUAUUACAGCGGCACCGGGGACAAGAGUAUGCGUGGAUACGAGUUCUUCCCACGUGAGGCUCUUCAACAGUCCGCCGGCCAGUCGGCCUCCUCGACCGGCGCCUUCCUGAACGCUGCAGGGGAAAGGAUUCAACCGCCACCUUGUCAGAGGGGCGGUGGCAACGGUCAGGAGGAGGGCCGUCGCAAGAGGAAGACGCGAAAGUCGUUGCAGAGGGAGAAACUGGAGCAAACGUUCAAGGAGAAGGGGUUCCUGAUCCAGACGCAGCAGUUGGAAUCCGCGGAGGGCGCCACCUAUUGCAAGUUCAGGCAGCUUAGAAAGUUCACCAGGUAUCUGUUCAGAAGUUGGAAGGACUAUCUGCCGGGGAACGUGCGCGAGUUGACCGGGGCGACGGAGAACGAGAUCGGCGACGGGGACGCGGAGAGUGAUACGAACGUGUUGCCGUCCCCUGUUCCCAAUAUGGUGGACGUGCCGUCGGCCUUCGUCGACGAGCACCGCGCCCUCCCUCUCACGUGAGACGAUCGCCACGAGGCGGUCGGUCGGUUCUUACUUCACGGUUAACUUCAGCCACGGGUCUCGGGAGAUCCUCCCAAGAUCGGGGAGAUCGGUGAUGAAGAGUCACGUUGCUUCGAUCGAGGAAGCAACGUGAGGUGGGGUACGAGGGAUGGAUGGCGAGAGGAUGGAGGCGAGUCGAUGUAAGUUUUUAGGGGGGAGUAAAGAUUUUUGAUCGGAAAGAUUGGGCUCGCGAGACGGACGAUCGGGAAUUAUUGAAUUGAAUAGAGAAGUUUCGAGUUUUAAGAUUCGAUGGGAUUUGUUUCGAGUUCAGCCGCGUUACAUCAUUGGAAAUGGGAAGAGAAUUGUAUUACUCAUUGGCAUUGUCUCUUUUCCAGAGAGAAUUUUGAAACGAUGAAAUAUGUAAAAGAUUGUAAAAAUUGCGGCUGACAAUGAGAAUUAGGAAACGAUAGAUUCAGCUAAUAGGUUAAACGUGAAAGACAAUCGCUUAACUUUCACUUUGUACUCACGAUUAAUAAUAGGUAACUGUUAAUGUCAUAACGUUUAAGUAUCGAAACUUUAUAACACCUAAAAGUGCAUAAAUGGUACAUACAUACAUUUUUUAUUGAGUAAAGAGUGGAUUUUUUUUUAAAUUUUCAAUUCACAUUUUCUUUCUUGACAUCUGUUCAUUUAAAAACUUAUUUGUUUUUUUUUUCUUUUUAGUGCAUGUGAAUGCGUAUAUACAUAAAAAAAAUUCUAAAUUUUAUUAAGAAUCGAUGUAUUACGAAGCAACUUGUUUGUUGAUUUGUUAUUAGGAAUGGUAAUUUUUUUUUUUUUUUUUUAGCUAAAGUAUAUUUCCAUGAUUUUACUUAAACCAAUACAAAGGUUUUUAAAUUAUCAUCUAUUAAUAUUAUAUUAUCUUGUGAGCUUGUAUUGACCGUUAACCGAAGGAAAAAUUAAUUAAAAUUCGAAAAAAAUUCAAUAACGAUGUUGACCAAUAACGAGUUGCCAUGACAUCAUUAUAUCUAUUAUUGUAGAAAAUUAAUCGACAUAAUCUGUAUGACUUACUGGUCCUUGAAUAUCAAAAAAAAAAAAAAAAAAAAAAGAAUAUGAAGAAAAAUAUCGACAAUUAUAAUUCACAAUGAACUAGAAAACAUACGAUGCUAAUUGAUGUUUACUUACAUAAAUAAGUGAUAUAUAAGUCUGUGAUAUGUAGUAGUUCAUCUCAUAAUUGAUAAAAAAACACACAUAAAAAAAAACACCGAUCAUUCAUUUUAAUAUUCUUAAAAAUAUCCAAUUCAAAAAGUACCUAGUGAAAAAAAAAAUAUAUAAAAAAAUAUCGAUUGAAAUUCAUUUAUCGAGAUUUAACGAAACAAUUUAAUUUUAUGUUAGAAACGUGUAUAAACAGCCCCCUAUGAUCAAACCACGUUUUACAUCAAGCCAAUCGAUUAAAUUUCAAUCGAAAUAAAGUAAAAUUUCGAUCAUUUACGAGUUAAAGUUGCUCGUUAAUCUCGAUCUAAAGAGAAAAGUUAUACAGAUCAUCAAUUUUCAUAAAUGGAAUUUAUACCAACAAUCUAUCAAUCUUCCAUUUCAUUAUUACCAUCUAAUAAAAAUAUCAUCAUCGCACGACUUAUAAAUAAAUACGUAUUAUUUCGUGAAUCAAACGAACGAACGUACAACUAUUAACAUAACCUUAUAACAAUGCGCGAUUGAUCGAUCGUUUCAUUAGAAGAAUGAGAGAAAAGAGAGGAACGUAUAUCGGGUGAGAGAGCGGGAAAGAGAAUCGUAAAUGCUACCGCGAGCGAGGAUACGAGGAACAGAUGGCGUUCGUGUAUCGUCACGGUUAUAAUAAUAAUGUAAAUUCGAUCGUAGCUCCGUGCCAAAGAUGGGAGACUGGAAUGUAAAUAGCGCUGAAAGGACGUGUUUGUCGUAGUUAACCAAAGAGCGUGGUUUCGCCGAUUAGAAGCGGAUGCGGGUAAGGUAAUCUUCGUGUGUUAAGAAACAAGAGGCGUGACGCGAUAAAUUCAGCUUUCUAGGCGGUCUGCACGGGACGAGGCGAGACUUUCGUCGGCUUUCGAUUUUGCAAUGCAUUUCGCGCGCACCUAGAUGAGAACGGAGAAUGAGAACGAAAAAAGAAUCGAAAGAUUCUUCUUUGAGAGAAAGAGAGAGA